UAAAUAAUUCUUGUCACUUUCCUGUCAAAUGUUAGAAUGACAAGAAGACGAUCGACAAGAAGAAGAAGAGCAUAUUCAUCCUCCUCCUCUUCUUCUUCUUCACCAUAUUUCUUCUUUUCAAGUUUUAACCCUACCACUGCUUCUUCAAUGUUUGGAUCUUCUUCAUCGCCGGGUUUUCCUUCAACUCCAGCAACUUCUACUAACACGUACACAUUUUUUACUGGUUCCCUUUCCCCUUUUGAGUCCUCUACUCCAGUCACUGCUCCUUCAAACACCACAACAGAAAAGCCUACGAGUACAGAUAUUCCGACUAAUUCGUCGUCUUCGGUUUCAAAUAAUACUACAUUGACAGCCGCACAAUCAACCAUCUUUGCACCGGAGUCUGUAAUAGACCCUGCUAGUUGUUCCCCGGAGCAAAAUGAAGUUGCUGCAAUUUUGGCAAGCCAAUGUGAGAAGCUUCUGUCCUGCCAAGCUGCCAGGCGAACUCAAGGCAGAGGGCAAAAUGAAAUGCACGUUUCAGCCGCUCAACCUAGGGUCUCUGGAACCACAUGGUCCGAAACACCAAGCUCAAGCAAGCCCGUCAAUGAUGAUGCUCAUACACCUGCUGCUACUGCUGAACAGAAAUAUGGGGAGUCCAAGCCGUGCAGUGUUCCUAUCACCAUCACCCCUUCAACCUCCACUAGUUCAGCUCCAUUGGACUCAAAGUCAGGCAGCUCAGUGCUCCGCAGCUCUCAGGCUGCUGAGGCGCAGCCUUACUGUUCAUCUGUCGAUCUUCUGCACUCAACAAUUGGGAUGUGGGAACGGGUUGUCGCAGAUAAGAAGACAGAUCAAGAGGUCACUGAAGAGGGGCUUCGUCACUUCUACGAGGGCAUCAACUAUUUUUGUCUUCUGUCUGAACGCCUUCAAGUAGCAACUGCCAAGUAUAACGAGGCAGCAAAAGCGAGUGAUGACCUGAAAAAUGCGAUGGCUCCUUUGAAAGAUAAGUUAGCAGAAGCCAAUCGGAAGCUCCAGGACUCUGAGAAGGAGAAGGAGAGGCUUGAACAUGAGUUAGCUGGGGCUGCAAACACGACCACCGCUCUGACUGGUGAGAAGGUAUCCCUUUUGAGGGUCCAGACGAUCCUUCACCAGAAGAUCGUCGAGCUGGAAAAGGAGUUGGAGGAGGCCGGUCCUGCUGCUAUCCGGAAAUACAAAGCUUCCUCCUUGUACAGACAGGAGCUCAUGGAGUAUGCUGCUCCUUACAUGGGAAAGGGGGUGAAGCUAGCCAUAGAGAAAAUCAAGGCUAAAGACCCCACUUUUGACCCCAAAACCUAUGGCCUGGAGAUAUACAUGCUUCCUCCAGAAGCUAUGUCGAUGAAUUCUUGUCUGAGGAGGAAGGUGAUGGUGGUGCCGAGCAAGAGCACAAUGAGGUGAAGCCAAGUGCUACAGCUCGAGAUUUGGCUGAAGGAGCAAGCUUAUGAGACUUUGAUCAUAGAUGUGUCGUUGACAUAAGUGCCGAAUAGGCAAAAGAUCCCCCGAGCUCAGCUUGAAGUUCUUUCUAUUUUACCUAUGCUUGCUUAUGCUAAUGCAACUUAUGUGGCCACUCUCUCUAUGAACAAGUAUGUUUUGCUGCUCUACUUGUAGGUGUUAAUAGUGUAUAUAUGAAUUGUUGGAUUUUGCAUCAAUUACUGCUACUGUUUUCUAGAAUAAUUAGUUGUUUAGUUUUA